CCGCGCCACUUCCGACGCGGCCCUCGCUUCAGGUUCCGGGGCGCGCCGCCUCGGCUCGCGGGCCCGGGCUCCGGCGGGAUGGAGGAGGCCGCGCUCGGGGAGGCCGAACUCAACUGGUCCCGCCUCAGCGUGUCGGCCGAGGCGCUGGAGUCGGAGCUGGAGGCGCGCGCCGAGGAGCGGCGCGGCGCGCGCGAGGCGCUGCUGCGGCUGCUGCUGCCCUACAACCGCCUGACGUCGCUGCCGCGGGCGCUGGGCGGCGGCUUCCCGCACCUCCAGCUCCUGGACGUGAGCGGUAACGCGCUCACGGCGCUGGGACCCGAGCUGCUGACGCUCAGCGGCCUGCGCACGCUGCUGGCCAGGAACAACCGGCUCGGCGGCCCCGGCUCGCUGCCCAAGGGCCUGGCCCAGUCUCCGCUCUGCCGCAGCCUCCAAGUGCUCAACCUGAGCGGCAACUGCUUCCAGGAGCUGCCCGCCUCGCUGCUGGAGCUGCGCGCCCUCCAGACCCUCAGCCUGGGCGGCAACCAGCUGCAGAGCAUCCCCGCCGAGAUCGAGAACUUGAGGAGUUUAGAAUGUUUAUACCUUGGAGGAAACUUCAUUAAAGAAAUACCGCCAGAAUUAGCAAAUCUGCCUUCUCUGAAUUACUUGGUGUUAUGUGACAACAAGAUCCAAAGUGUGCCUCCCCAGCUCUCACAGCUGCACUCGCUCCGGUCCCUCAGUCUGCACAAUAACUUGCUGACAUACCUGCCUCGGGAGAUCCUUGAUCUCAUCCACCUGGAAGAGCUGAGUUUACGAGGAAACCCGUUGGUUGUUCGUUUUGUUAGAGAUUUAACAUAUGAUCCUCCGACUCUUCUGGAAUUAGCUGCGAGGACCAUUAAGAUCCGAAGUAUUUCUUACACUCCCUAUGACCUUCCUGGGAAUCUUCUUAGAUACUUGGGUUCGGCCAGCAACUGUCCAAACCCAAAGUGCGGUGGAGUCUAUUUUGACUGUUGUGUCAGACAAAUUAAGUUUGUGGACUUCUGUGGGAAGUACCGUCUCCCCCUCAUGCACUAUCUGUGCUCUCCAGAGUGCUCCUCCCCCUGCAGCUCUGCCUCACAUAGCUCCACCUCCCAGAGUGAAUCCGACUCAGAAGAUGAAGCCAGUGUUGCUGCACACAGAAUGCAGAAAGUCCUUCUUGGUUGAGCAGCAGUGGAUAUUGAAAAUUAUCAAAACACUAAACAGAAAUGACUGAAAAGGAAAUGGGUCUUGAAGUUGAUUAGAGACCUGAGCGUUUUCAUCUAGAGUGUCCGUGUAAGACUUGCCAUGAUGUGAAAGAAAGGUUUUGCAUUCUGUCUACACAUUCGGCAGGAAUGAGUCCAGUUCCCUGUUUAGAUUCUUUGAGUGUAAUUUAUUGUGAAUGGCAGUUCAAAAUUCAGCUGAUCGGUCACAAUUUUCCUGUAAGUCUUUGAAGAACCACUCACAGAAUGGUUCAUUCUGAAGAACAGUCAUGCCUGUAAUCAGCUGGAAGUGGUAUCGCCUGGGACAACUGCGUUGAAUAAAGAGGUCAUCACAGUUCUGUUACCUGGGUUGUUCUGGUUUAUGCUGAACACUAUACAUAAAAUGAGCCUUCUCCUUGUGUUCUUCUCCUGGACUAUUGAAAGCCUUUCUGACCAACUAACUGGACAGUAAGGACUAUAACUUUUAAAUGGAAUAUUAAACCAGCUCUUGUUUUGUGUGAUUGUUACUAACUUUACGUAAUCUAGCAGUGAUAUGUUAUAGUGCCUUAAUCCUAGCAAGAUUAUGGAAGCCUAUUAUAGAAAUUAUUUCAGAGCAACCUACAACCUGACACUGUAAAACACUUGGAAAUGUACUUUAACCAAUUAGUUGAACAAUUGUAUAGCUAACACCUGGGUUCUGAGGGCCUGGAACUCAGAGAUCCACCAGAUGGGAGACCUUAUCUUCCAGGUGGCAAUUCUAGGAGGUCCUCCACCUCCCUAGUUGCUGAGAUUACAGGUGUACACCACCAUCUGUUUCUAUGUCCAUCUUAACUUCAUUUUUGUUUACUGCAAUGAUCUCUUCUAAGUAAACAGCUUUCACACUUAAUGAAAGGCUAAAGUCUUGAUCUGUCUAUUCACCAAAAGGCAGAAUAAUAAUUUUGGACCAAAAAAAAUCUAGAUGACAAGUAGUCUAAGAAUACCUGCUUUACAAUAUUGGAAUAAAUGAGUGAAAGGUGGACAUAGUUGUGCACACCUCCAGACCAGCACUUGGGAGGUAGAGGCAGAAGAUCAGGACUUCAAAGUUACUUGACUUCAUAGUAAAUGUGAGGCCAACCUGGGCUACAAACAUGAAAACUUGUCUCAGUGUGGCUGGGGGUGGAUUUUACCAUCAAGUGUGUCUCCUUUGUUCCUCAUUGUUACUAAACCAUGACUUCCUCUCCAUUUAAAAGAACAACUACAACUGCAUAAACGUGAGAGUGAAGCAGAGCCCAUUAUGUUCAUCCACAGUAGAGCAGUUCACAGAACUAGCAUAAUCAUUGAACACUGAAAAAAGUAUUAAGAAAACAUUAAAUACAUUGUAUCCUUAAGGUGUGGAAGAAAAAUAGUAACACAAAUUAUUGUCAUUGGAAAUUAAUAAAUUGUACUAACUAGUUGAUUAGGCAAUUAAAAAAUACUAAAAGUAUAAGCUAACAUUAAAAAAUCUGUAACUCUCACUGCUGAUCAUUAACCAACCUGUAAUAACAGGAAGCCUAGUUGGUAAGUGCCAAAAGUAGUUUCCGAUGGCAUUAGGGCAUCAGGUGGUCUCUUACAGAGCUUUAUUAGAAGCCAGCUGUAUGCUCAGAGUAUUUGUGUGUUAGGUUUCUUGUAUAUAUUAUUUUAGUAGACUAUAUUAGUAGGUUCUAGGGUAAUUCAGGGUUUGUAUGUGUGUGUAUUACGUCAUGAAACACAAGAGUUUCGUGGCUGCAGUUGUGAAACGCUGCUAUAGUGAGUCCCCUUACCUUUCCCUCGGAAUAGUGUAGUAAGAUUUUUUUUUUCUUUUUGAUUUAGAAAUUUUCUUCCUGUUUAUAGAAGUGAUGUUUCUACUGCUAAUGUAAUUGUAUGAUAGAAAAUAUAAAGUCUUUGUUUCUUUCACCAAGUAAGCAUCUGUAAGCUGCAGAUUGCAAGGUUGGGAAAAGCAAAGAUGACUUGUAAAUGCUUUGUAAUUAGAUCAUUUAGUUAAGCAACACUGAGCAUUUUCUCGGAAAAUGCUCAAAUUGAUGGGACCACAUUCUUCUGGAUUAAAUACUUGUACUUUCUUGAUUGAUAGUCAUUUUGACUUAAGUAAUAGUUUGAGUAGCCUUUUAGGAAUUACUUGUAAAUAGCCUUGUAAAUAGUGCAUUUAACCAUAUGUACCCUUUCUAGCCUCCUAGAAAGCAAGUGUAUCAUUUCUUCUUUUAUAGUUUUAAAUACUCCAGCCAGAGGUAGUUUCUAGCCUGUGCCAUAUAGAUGUAUCCUAUGGUGUUCUUUCAACAAAGUGUUUAUUGUGGUUUUUUAUGUGUAUAGUUAGUCUAUGAGCAGCAUGCCGGGUCAGUGUGCAGCUGUCUUUGGCUGGGGUGGGGAUGCUGGGGAUAGGUAGAGAGCCUGGUGCAUGUUAAGCAAGCUACAGUUCAUGCCUGGCACGGGUCGCUUGAAAUCUGCAGUUAGCUUUUACAUUUUUUAAAACUCAUCUUUGACCCUAUCUUUUACAGAAGUUGCUAGUGAUUUCUUAAUUUUUUUCUUUUUCAUAUUUUUUUUAAACUGAUGAUUAGAUAUCAGCUUAGUGUGAUAGGAAUUGGCCAUCUAGAAGACGAUCAUCUGAAGUCAGCAGACUGUUAAAUGGUAGUCGGCCUCAUGAGUUAUGAGUUGCAUGUUUAUCUAGCUAAUGAAUGCAUAGACUUUCAGAAUCAGCAAGGUCUAAUUUUUAUUAUACAGUUAUUUUAUUUUCUGAGACAGGGCCCGGCUGUGUAGCCCAGGCUAGCCUUGAACUUGCUUAUGGUAACUCUUGCCUCAGCUUCCCAGCUGCUGGGAAUACCACAUACCCUGCUCAAUAUUUUACUUUACAACAUGCCAAAGGUGCCUCUUGGUCUAAAAAUCUUGUAUUAAAAUUUUAUUGCCAAUAUUAAAAAUGAACAUUCAUUAUAAAUUGUACUUGAAAUAUGUGACAUUUUGGGGUGAUGUAAAUAAAAGUAAAGGUUAACCCUUAGUAAUGCAGCAUGUCCCUGCAGACCAGUUCUAUCAGACGCUGAAAUACUGGGUUUAAAUGAAGAGUCAAGAAGAGGCUGUUUGGAGUGCUAGAUGAAGCAAAUCUUUUAAAAGCAACAUGGGAUAGGGAAAGAGAAAUAAUACCCAGGCAAAUCCCUGAGCCAAUAAGUCCCUGCAGAGUAACAAUGAAUUGUUACCUUAAAAUCUUAUCACUAACUUUAUUAUUAUUAUUAAUUAUUACGUUGGAUCCUACUGCUGGGAAGCUGUUCACAUCACUCCUUAUAAAGGAGCCAGCAAGCUGUAGGCUUUCUUCAGCCUUGCUCUUCCUAGAGUUGGAGAGCAGUCCCCCCUUGACCUGGUGGUUAUAAUACAGCAGGUGGCCUUGGUUAAUGUUUACCUUUACAUUGUGUUUUGUUAAAACUACAAAUCAAGUAUUUAGUAGUAGCUAUUUACAAACAUAUUUCCACAUGAGUGCUUGUAGAUAUAACUUUACCUGUAAACAUAUAUGUGUAAGAUUAUUUAGCUGCAUUUAGUUUUUAAGUGCCUUUACCUAAAUGAUUUGCCUUUCAUCUAAAAGUAGACAUUUUAUUAUAAGUAUUGCUCUUUGUUUAGUGCAAAAUAAUUGAGUUUUUAAGUUAGACUGGGCAUAUAACACAGUGAAGGUGCUGUGUAGGUUUUUAGGCAGCAUGACCUUUAGCACAUAGUUCUAUACCAGUUAAAAAGAAGUGUUUAUUUAGCCUUCACUAGUUAUACAUUAGGCAUAUAAUGUUAUGUGACAUUAACUCAGUAGUGUGUGGUUUUAUAUUCUGUCAUAGUGUGAUCUUUUUAAUAGUACAGUAGGCAUCGUGUCCUUUGUGGUCUGAAAGUGCCUACAUCUUCCAUUUCGCCCUUAGUGUGGGAAAGAAAUUACAUGAUAAAUUGUCGGCAAUAGCUAUAUGAUGCGUAUUUGACUUGAGGGAGAAAGACUGCUCCUGAGAGGUUCCUCUGCCCAUAACAGGGCCCACUGUGUGUAUAGGAACUCUGGGGAGGGAAUCUUAAUCACGCUGUGCCAGAAGAUCAGAGCCCUCCAGAAUCAAGGAUGGAGCCCCACCACUACUACCCCAUCCCCCAGUCAAACGGUGUAUCUUUUAUAUAGUAGUUUAUUUAAACUGUAUAUGCUACCACGAAGGAUAAGAGAAGUUCCAUCAUCUUAUGAAAAUAUUGUUACUGAGGUCUAGCAUGUUUCAGCAACAGUUUUCGUAUAGCUUAAAAAGGGGGUAGUUUAAUAUGAAUAAAAAUCUCCAUUCUUUUUAUAUUUUUUGUGAUCUGUAUUUACAAAGGAUUGAAGUAAGCAUUCCACUAACUCACAAAGUUUGACAUUUAGAAGGCAGUUUUAUGGGUGCUGUCAGGCUUUUACUUCAGUCAGUCUCAGUGAGUGACAUAAUGUGCAGUCUCAUGUCUGUAUUGAAUUUAGUGGCUUAAUGAAGGCUACUUACAUGCAGAAAACUAUCUGCAUUCAUCAGAAUAUACUUGAUUCUUUCGGCCAUAAAUAAAUUGAAUAUAAUUGUAUUAUUUAAAACUCUAGCUGGAGGAGUCUUAGAUGAGUGGGCAUUGCUGCUUGCUGGCAUUGGAGCCGUAACUAAGUUGGUUGGUUUUGUGUACGAGGAUGGUUAAGAGAGUCACUGUGCAGUUUACAUGGUCAGCACUGCUGUUGUGAGAAACAGUGUUAACUCACUAGUCACUUUCUGGCAAGUCUAGACUUGUUGAGGUGUGUCACAUUCUCAGCCCACUUUGUGUGUGUGAUAAGCAAAAACAUAAUGGGAAAAACUUUUUAAAUAACAGGUCUUAGCUUUUGAAAAUUGUGGGUUUCAAAAGCAACAAAAGAUGCUGGAAAGAUGUUACCUUUUACUUUGGUCAAAUCAUUACGUAUGCUCUGACAUCUUAAUUUUCUGUACUUAUAAAAGUCUGUGUAUUAGAAAUAUCUGUAUAAGUAUAAACAUAAUUAAAAUGUAGCUCAAAAAUAUGAUUCAACAGUAGAGUUUGUUUUCUGGAAAAAAUAUAGUCCUAUUGUAUCAAAUUUAUUUUACUUUAUUAUGGCUAAUAUUCUAAAAAGAAUGUUUAAGCUAUUUUAAAUUCUUGUGCCUCUUCCCCCAAAGGAUAUUUAAAAAUAUAAUCUUAUAUUAACUUUAUAUUCUUUCUUCAUAAAUUUUGCCUUAAACAUUGUGCCUUGUUUUAUUAGAAUCCAAUUCUGGCUUUUGUAACAACAUUUUAUUUUAAACAGACAUUUACUUUUAAAAAAAUCCUUAUAAUGCUUGUAUUUGCUGUAUCACUGCUUAUCUGUUUAUUGAAUUUAUUGAAUACACAACCCCAAACAUUAAGUGUGUUUUAGCAUUUAUUGUAUGUACUAGAUAAAAGAGAAAAUAAAGAUACAGUGUGUUCUUCUGAGA